GUGAGAAACAAUCUAGAGAGAGAAACUUGAACAUGGACAGAGAUAAAUAUUUAUUUUAAUGUUAGAGAGAGAAAGGCAGCGAUUGGUGGAGAGAGAAAGUUUGAUGUGUUUUUGCGUUUGUUGGGGGCUUUGAGAUUGUCCCCGUUCCCGUUUUCUAUUCCUCCAAAAAACCAGCUUAUUCUUCUUCUUUCUUCUUCUUCAUUUCUCCGGAGACCAAAAGAGAAAACCUAGAUAUUUUUUCUCGGCGGACCAUUUGCUUUGAAUUUGAAUUUGACGGAUUUGGAUUUUGAAGGAAAAAGCGAGGAGGAUAUGAGCUAGGGUUUCCGAUUACGAGUAUCCGGAUUCGUGUGCCAGGUGAGAUUGGGAAUCGAAAUGUUGAUUAGGAAUGCGAAUUCGUUCCGAUCUUGAAGCUAGGGCACCAAUCAAGGUUUAGAGAAAUGGAUGUGGACUCCUCGAUGGCGCCGGAGGCCGAUCACGAUCCGGCUGUGCAGAACCAGAGCACGGCGGCAGCAGCAGUGGAGGGAGAGCAGCUAGGAGGAGAACAGCCUCAGUCCCCGGCGUCCCCGGCGACGCAACAGCCUCAGUCGCCGGCGUCGCCGCAGUCGCAGCAGCAGCAGCAGCAGACUCCGGUGGCCGGGCCGCGGCAUGCCCCGACCUACACGGUGGUCAAUGCAAUUUUAGAGAAGAAGGAGGACGGGCCAGGCCCGAGGUGUGGCCAUACGUUGACUGCGGUCGCCGCUGUUGGCGAGGAGGGCAGUCCUGGAUACAUUGGCCCCAGGCUGAUAUUGUUCGGCGGUGCCACCGCCCUUGAGGGCAAUUCUGCGGCUUCAGGGACUCCAUCUUCAGCUGGAAGUGCCGGAAUAAGACUAGCUGGUGCCACAGCUGAUGUGCACUGUUAUGACAUCCUAACAAAUAAAUGGUCUAGGAUCACUCCCUUUGGAGAACCACCAACACCAAGGGCAGCACAUGUAGCAACUGCUGUAGGAACUAUGGUUGUUAUUCAGGGAGGAAUUGGUCCUGCUGGUUUGUCUGCUGAAGAUCUACAUGUUCUUGACCUCACUCAGCAACGGCCUCGAUGGCACAGGGUUGUUGUUCAAGGCCCUGGACCAGGGCCACGCUACGGACAUGUGAUGGCAUUGGUGGGGCAAAGAUAUCUCAUGGCAAUUGGUGGGAAUGAUGGUAAACGGCCUUUAGCUGAUGUGUGGGCGCUGGACACAGCUGCCAAGCCAUAUGAAUGGCGUAAGUUGGAACCAGAGGGGGAGGGUCCACCACCAUGCAUGUAUGCAACUGCAAGUGCAAGGUCGGAUGGUCUUCUCCUCCUCUGUGGAGGGAGGGAUGCAAACAGUGUGCCAUUGGCAAGUGCAUAUGGCCUUGCCAAACAUAGGGAUGGCCGUUGGGAAUGGGCAAUUGCUCCUGGUGUCUCCCCUUCUCCCAGAUAUCAACAUGCAGCAGUUUUUGUUAAUGCACGCUUGCAUGUUUCCGGAGGGGCCCUUGGUGGUGGGCGCAUGGUUGAAGAUUCAUCAAGUGUUGCAGUGUUGGAUACUGCAGCCGGGGUUUGGUGCGAUACAAAAUCUGUUGUCACAAGUCCAAGGACAGGUAGAUACAGCGCUGAUGCAGCUGGUGGAGAUGCUGCAGUUGAAUUGACACGGCGUUGCAGGCAUGCAGCUGCCGCAGUUGGUGACCUGAUAUUUAUAUACGGUGGUCUACGUGGUGGGGUGUUGCUUGAUGACCUACUGGUUGCGGAAGAUCUGGCUGCUGCAGAAACAACAACUGCAGCCUCGCAUGCUGCAGCUGCAGCUGCUCAGUCUAAUUUACCACCAGGCCGUUUGCCUGGAAGAUAUGGAUUCAUUGAUGAAAGAACGAGGCAGAUAAUGCCUGAAGCAGCACCUGAUGGUGCUGUUGUGCUGGGAAAUCCAGUUGCCCCACCUGUAAAUGGAGACAUGUAUACUGAUAUAAGCACUGAAAAUGCCUUGCUCCAGGGAUCCAGGAGACUCAGCAAAGGUGUAGAGUAUUUAGUUGAAGCAUCAGCAGCAGAAGCUGAGGCAAUCAGUGCUACUUUGGCUGCUGCCAAGGCACGACAAGUUAAUGGAGAAGUAGAGUUACCUGAUAGAGAUCGUGGCUCAGAGGCUACCCCGAGCGGGAAGCAAAUAUCUACCUUGAUCAAGCCUGAAAAUGCUGGGUCAAAUAAUAUUCCGUCAGCUGGAGUGCGACUGCAUCAUAGAGCUGUUGUUGUAGCUGCAGAGACUGGGGGAGCUUUGGGCGGCAUGGUGAGGCAGCUUUCAAUAGAUCAGUUUGAAAAUGAAGGCAGGCGGGUUAGCUAUGGGACCCCGGAGAGUGCAACUGCAGCAAGGAAGUUAUUAGAUCGGCAGAUGUCCAUUAAUAGUGUGCCCAAAAAGGUAAUAGCACAUCUUUUAAAGCCACGUGGAUGGAAGCCUCCUGUUCGCAGGCAAUUUUUCUUGGAUUGCAACGAAAUAGCAGAUCUUUGUGAUAGUGCUGAACGGAUAUUCUCUAGUGAACCAAGUGUCUUACAACUUAGGGCUCCUAUCAAGAUAUUUGGUGAUUUACACGGGCAAUUUGGCGAUCUCAUGCGCCUUUUUGAUGAGUAUGGUUCACCUUCAACUGCUGGGGAUAUUGCAUAUAUCGACUAUCUCUUCCUAGGAGACUAUGUUGACCGAGGCCAACAUAGCUUGGAAACCAUUUCUCUUCUGCUUGCUUUGAAGGUUGAAUAUUCCCAAAAUGUACACUUAAUUAGGGGUAAUCAUGAAGCUGCAGAUAUUAAUGCUCUUUUUGGCUUUCGGAUCGAAUGCAUUGAGCGAAUGGGUGAGAGAGAUGGAAUAUGGGCAUGGCAUCGAAUAAACCGUUUGUUCAAUUGGCUUCCUCUAGCUGCUCUAAUUGAGAAGAAAAUCAUUUGUAUGCAUGGUGGUAUUGGUCGGUCAAUAAAUCAUGUUGAACAGAUUGAGAAUCUCCAGCGUCCUAUUACAAUGGAAGCAGGCUCGAUCGUUCUUAUGGAUUUAUUAUGGUCUGACCCAACAGAAAAUGAUAGUGUGGAAGGAUUGCGACCAAAUGCUAGGGGUCCUGGAUUGGUUACUUUUGGGCCUGAUCGUGUCAUGGAGUUCUGCAACAAUAAUGAUCUUCAGUUGAUUGUACGCGCUCAUGAAUGUGUAAUGGAUGGCUUUGAACGAUUUGCCCAGGGACAUUUGAUUACACUUUUCUCUGCUACCAAUUACUGUGGUACAGCAAAUAAUGCAGGGGCAAUCCUCGUUUUAGGUAGAGAUCUUGUGGUGGUCCCGAAACUCAUUCAUCCCUUACCACCAGCAAUUUCUUCACCAGAAACAUCGCCCGAACGACAUAUUGAAGAUACGUGGAUGCAGGAACUGAAUGCUAACAGACCUCCAACACCAACUAGAGGCCGUCCACAAGUAGCAAAUGACCGGGGAUCCCUUGCUUGGAUAUAGUUUGAUUAUUCUGAAUUGCUUCGUCAUAUUCAUUUUGGCCUCGUUCUUCCACAUGGGAUUUCCAGUGCUGUAUAGAGUAUAAUGCCACAUACAAGAAGUUCCAAACAUGUGAUCUUUUUUCCAGAUUACAUGUUUGAAGGCUUUUUGAAGCCUUGGUUUUUGCUACACAAUUGGUUAGGCCAUGCAAUGAUGAGAAGAUACAAGUUGAAGAAGCACUGUUGUCGGCGCUAGGUUUUACUUCUGUAUAAUGUACUACUAAAAGUUGCAGUUCGGGUCCACCCACCAUUUGUAAAUUGAGCCACAGGCAGGUAGAAAUCAGUCUUGGUUCUUCCUAUGGAUUGGUAGUGCCGAGUAUUCUUCUGAUUAAUUUAUAUAAUUUUUAUUCCUCGUUUUUAGGCAUAUUAGUUUUCAAGAGAACACGAGUUGGGGUGGGUUGUAUUUGUGAUGGUGAGAUAUAUAAAAUGUUUAGAAUCUUUGUGAGCGUCCAUGUAUCAUAGAGGUGGUAAGGUGUUGCUUUGUGUAAUAUUUCAUCUUUGCUUUGUACAAUGUAACAGUGUGUGAAGAUAAGUCAUCUUUUUGUCCGACACAUGAAAUAUGUGAAGUUUUUGUUCUUA